AUGUCACGGAGUAUGGGCGACCCUGUCGCGGGACCCUCGACUAGUACUGCCCCAAGACGGCGUACAUCCUCGCGCGCAUCAGCCAAACCGGCGCCUCCGUCCCGGGCGUCCGCUUCUUCGCGGCGGAAUAAAGGGAAGGCAAGGGUCUCGCAGGUGGCGAUCGACUUCGAGACGUCCUCGAAUCCGGACAUGGACGAAGACGAGUCGUCCGCGGGCGGCGCGCGCCGGGCGUCGAAGCGGCGCAGGGUCUCGCCGCAGCUGGCGCCCGACAGCCCAGAGUUCAGCCCGACGGGCACGGUGGUGGGCGCGGAGGCGGCGGACAACGGGGAGACGGCGGUCGAGGAGGACUUCCAGAUGCUCGACAUGCCGGACGAUGCGUCUCUUCCAUGGGUGCAAAUCGAUCCGCAGUCCAAGGAGUCCACGUACGUGCCCCCAGGCCUCAACGCGCUCAUCGAAGACAUGAAGCGCGCGCUCGUGCUGCAGAUGUCCGCGCGCCAGAAAGCAGAGGCGCUGCACGCGGAGGAGCUGCAGCGGCGGCGCGAGCUCGAGUACGAGGCCGCGCGCCUCGCGGCCGCGAACCGCGCGCUCGAGGAGGAGCGCUCGGUGUGGACGGCGUCCGCGGCGGAGGCGCUCGCGUGCAACCUCGAGUCUGCGCUCGUCGCCGACAUGUCGCGGCGGCGCGCACCACCGCAUGCGUUUAUCGGGAUCGGGGAGGCGGAGGCGGAGGGGCAGAGGGACGCGGAGAUGUCGGACUUGGUUGGGCGCGCCGGUCCACUGGGAGGUGGCCGCGGCGCUGUUCCGUUGACGAUGGGGCCACAGUUGGAGGUGGAGGGCGUGGCGGGCACUCGGAAUCGGGGUGGCCGUCCGGCCGAGCUGAGUUGGCUAUCGGCGGCGCAGCCGUAG